AUGUCUGCGCCUAAGCUGUUGUUUUUACAUGGUUUCUUUCAGAAUGCCAAAGUGUUCUCUGAAAAGUCAUCUGGUAUUAGAAAACUGCUGAAAAAAGCCAAUGUGCAAUGCGACUACCUGGAGGGACCUACGGUUUUGGAGAGAAAAGACCUGCCUUUUGAGCUCGACGACGAAAAAUGGCAGGCUGCCCUCGACGCCCAAGUCAACAAAUCGUGGUUUUACCACUCCGAUAUCUCUAAAGAUCUAGACUUGAGCGAGGCCAUUAAAGCUGUUUCGGAGAAAAUCAAGGCUGACGGUCCUUACGACGGUAUUGUGGGGUUCUCCCAGGGAGCUGCUGUGGCUGCCAUUGUUACCAACAAGAUAACAGAGCUAGUUCCUGACCAUCCCCCAUUUAAAGUGAGUCUUGUGUUUUCGGGCUACUCGUUCACAGAACCAGAUCCGCAAAACGAAGGUCAGCUUCGCAUCACAGAAAAGUUCCAGGACAGCUUCACGCCAAACCCAAAAAAUAACACCAAGAUGUUGUUCGUGUGGGGAGCCAGCGACAUGGCCGUUCCAUGCACGAGAUCCAAGUACAUCCGCGACCUCUACACUGGAGGUGCCGAGACCACCGACCUUGUGAAGUUCUACGAACACCCAGGUGGACACAUGGUGCCAAACAAAAAAGACAUCUUGAGACCCAUCGUGGACGAAAUCUGCUCCGCUGUCGAGUCAAAAUAA